CAGUCGUCAUGACAAAAUAAAAGAAUACAUGAAUAAUAGGACGCCUUUUGCUUACAACCACAAAGCAAAUGUACGAACGAGUUGCAUACUUUACACCAUUACAGAACUCUGAGGUGGUUGAAAAAGGUCAUCUUACUAAAUCCUGAUGGUUUAUGGAUAUUCGUAUAAGUAGUUAGAGAGCAUUGUGAGGCUAUUAUCCAAGGCGGUAACUUAGCUACAUGCUAGCGGGGCAGCUAGCUCCUAAGGCCAUCGACACUAAAGACGACAGCAUUGAGGAGCGUUAAAUCGGCGGUGGUUUGGCGGUGUUUGAGAAGCCAUGGAGAUGGAGGAUCAAUUGGAGAUGAGGAUGUCACCAUUCCAAGAACCCAGUGUAAAGAAGGAGAGGAUGGAAUUUGAAAAUACGCCUGAGUCGGGUCCCUCCACAAGCGGAUUUCCUUACAAAAGGGCACACUUGGAAUAUGGCUUAUCAAAACGAGUAGAAGUGGCUUUGGUCAGGCUUCCAGAAUAUAAGAUCAGCGCUCUUCGACCGCCGACGCCGUCACAGUUCUACAGUGAAGAUGAAUCGCUCAGCAGUUCUGAUUCGGAUUAUCAGGACCGACACGACGACUCGAGUGAUUCUGAUAUUUCAUCUUCAAAGAGACCAAAAACUACCAACAACCUUGAACACACCCCUAUAAUCGAUUCGUCAGUGUUUGCCUAUACUCCGCACGAGACGGUUAAGGUCCGUCCUGAUCUGCCUGAGGAAGAGAUCAAAGUGGACAUGGUUGUGCUGGCCAGGAAGAAGAACUUGAGAUGGCAACGAGGGAAGGUUGUGGAGAUUGUUACCAAGGAAGACGGACGAGUGAAGUACAAGGUUAUUUUUGAAGAGAAAGGGAAGAGUCUGGUCUCGGGACACCACAUGGCUUUUGACACCAUGCCAAGGCUGGAGCAGCUGUACGUUGGCGCCCGUGUGGUGGUCAAGAGCCAGGAUGACGCCACUCUGUUCAGAGCUGGUAUCCUGGCAGAGCUCCCAUGCAGAAAGAACCGCCUCAGGUUUCUGGUAUUCCUGGACAACCACAAGCCCAUCUACAUCGGCUUAACAUUAUUUCACCUGGUGUGCAGACCAUUACCAGAUCCUGUAGACGACAUUCAAGACGACGCUCACCAGCGUUUUAUGCAGCAGUACUUAAGGGACUGGCCUUACCCUCAUUUAACCCAGUACAAGCCUGGCCAGAUUGCCUCUGUGGAGUUCAAUGGAGAUCAUCACAAGUGCAAGGUGGAGAUGGUGGACUCCAGCUUGAUUAUGGUGUUUUUUGAGUUUGAUAAGCACAAAGAGUGGAUUCACCGCGGCUCCAUACGGCUAGCGCAUAUGCCAAGAUUUUUGGAACUGAGGAGAAGAGAAGCAGAUGCAGGUGAACACUAAAAAUGAGCAGCCCCCCAGUGACGAGCCUUUAAACCGCUCUGGAAAAUCCCCUUUUAUCCAUACUUGGUAUACUUUUAUAUUACUAGCUUUCUUUCCAGUGAAUUGUACAAAUGUGCUAGCCCAUCGGUUUUCGAAGUGUGAGGCGGGCUUCCCCCCCUGAGAGGUGCCAGAAGACUUCAGGGGCAGCCUGACAAUAACAUUUUUCAGACCUGUUCAACUUACUUGUUAUGUUUAAAGGCAAAAUUGGUAGAUUUUAAGUUGCUACUAUAGAGAAUAAACAGUAAAUCCCACAAGAUAUGCUCCAGAAGAUCAGUUUUUUAGGGAGUACGCGACCCUUCUCGCGAGAUGAAUUAGUGGGUGGGUUUCUGCCAUUUCAAAGAAAACUGUUCCCCAUUAUACAUGCAACAAGUACUAAAAAGGUGUAAUACUGUGUAUAUAUAUGCAUUUUCCAGCAUCGGUAUUUUACUGAGCAUACCCAAAUUACCACUUGAAGUAAAGACCAUGUGUGAACGUGGACAUGUACAGUGGAACCUUGGUUUUCAUCCAUCCGUUCCACAACGUGACAAAAGCUGAAACAUAUGAAAAUCCAAGCAAUUUUUUUUCCCCAUAACAUUCAAUUAACCCAGUCCUGACUUAAAAAUUAUAUUUACAUACCAAAACAAUGCAAAAUGCAUAAAAAUGACAGAACAACAAACUGUGGAGGGGGUGGAAGAGCCACUCGGAUGUUUAAUCCUAUUUUGUUCUCACUACUUUAUCAAUGUUCUGGCACUUGCAUCUUUAUUUGGUGUCAUGGUGGGUUAUUUUGCAGCGGUAAUUAAGAAAAAAAACACUCAGAAAUCCGCAAUGCGCUUGAAUGCCACAUCAGCACAGGGCACACAGUGCUUAAUAAGUGGAAGAAAGGAGACAGACACUGAGGUGUUUAUCACCCUGCGUGUGUUUUAUGCACACAAAAAACACACACGCAUAAUAAAGAUGAUUAAAGCACUCAUUCCAUGCCUAGACCCUGUCUAUAGUGUCCAUUCUUCAUAGAGACAAGAGUCACCAGCAUGCUUGCUUUGUGUGGGCACUGUUUGGCCGUACAAUAACCGAGACACAUUUUAGCCAAUCGUCCCAAAGCUGAGGUUCCACUUUAUUUGCUCCAACAUACUGAAUCACAUUUUGCUGUAUUGGACUUUGACAGGAUCCAGUUCCGAUUUGUUCACAUUUGGAAUCAAAUUCAAAGUAUGUAAGGUCCAACUAUCUUAACAGAAGGUAUGUUUUGUGCAGCUUUAGUGGUAUAUGGUGGUACACACUUCACUUCAGGAGUACAAUUAGUACAAUUAGUUGACACAGUGCCAAGACCACAUUUCCAUUCGAUUGCCUGUAACUUUUUAAUGAUUAGGAAUGAAGUUAUGGUACACACACUGAUAUUCAAUGAUGUUUCACACCAGAUGGCUGAGGCUAACCGUUCUGUUAGUACAUGUUGCUUCUUAACCUCCCUCUAUAAUUUGAUUGAACUAUAUUGCAAGAGUGUAAACUGGUUCUGUCCAAUCCACGAUAACUAAUAUGAGGGUAGCAUCGUUGCAACAAUAAACAACGUGAGUGCAUCUUCAUUUAAUGUAAGUGUGUGGAUUUUAUUUAAAAACUCUUUUAACAGAAUACGUAGCAGCAGAUAAAAGCUUCUGGAUCAAAUGUAUGUCCAAAUGAAUUUGUUUGUACAUUUUGCAGGGCAUUGUAUGUAUCUGGUUCAUCUAUCCAUUAAUGUUAUACAUUAUUUGCAAUAUAAAAUAAAAAAGGUGUUUGUUUUUUUUC